AUGCGUCAAAAAAGAGCUAAAUCGUACAGAAAACAACUGCUGGUAUAUAAUCAUACUUUUAAAUUUAGGGCACCUUAUCAAGUCCUAGUAGAUAACCAGAUUGUUCUCGAUUGUAGUAAUUCCAAUUAUGAUCUAGCUAAAGGGCUAAAGAAUACUCUUCAAUCAGAAGUCAAAGUGAUGAUAACACAGUGUUGUAUGCAAGCAUUGUAUGAAGAAAAUAACCAGGAUGCGAUCGAAUUGGCUAGAAGAUUUGAAAGACGUCGUUGUAAUCAUAAUCCAAAGGAACCUAAGACUGCAAUUGAAUGUAUAGAAAGUGUCGUUAAUAUCAACGGCCAAAAUAAACAUAGAUAUGUAGUAGCGUCUCAGGAUUUAGCAACACGAAGGAAAUUAAGACAAGUUCCGGGUGUACCAUUAAUACAUAUUUCAAGGGCCGUUAUGAUCAUGGAACCUUUAAGUGAUGUAAGUGCUCAAGUCAGUAGAAGGAAGGAAAAUGAAAAACUAUAUAAAGGUUUAAAUGAUCCAAAAUUUACUGGCGUGAAAAGCGCUGUGGAUAAAGAAACUGUUAAGGAGAAGGAAUCAACUGACCAACAAAAGAAAAAGAGAAAGAUCGGUCCUAAAGGUCCAAAUCCCUUGAGUAUGAAGAAGAAGAAGACGGCAUCUAACUCAAUGAAUGAAAACAUCAAAAAUAGGGAAGGCCACAAUGAUGCGAACAUCGAUGAUUCAAAGAAGAAAAGAAGAAGAAAACAUAAAAGUAAAACUGGAACUGAAAUAGAAAAUAAAGAUAAAGAUGCAGCGGAGGGUGCGAACUCUGAAUGA